AUGGCCGAAACAACCGGCUCAAGCACUGGUGCCAAUGUCGCACCUGAUUUAAGGCGCAGGACGACUGCACGUGGGGGGAAGCCGAAUGUUACAUCAGAUCAAAAUCACAAUGAUGAGAUGGAUGUGAAAUACAAGCCUCGACCGGAUUCUGACAUAGCCUACUGGGAGCCUAUCAUCGCACCGUUGCUGCUUACAGUAAUGUCUAUUUUCACUCGCAUGUAUCGCAUUGGACGUUCGAACAUUGUCACAUGGGAUGAAGCGCAUUUUGGCAAAUUUGGGUCCCAUUAUCUGAAGCGCGAAUUCUACUUCGAUGUCCACCCCCCGUUAGGCAAGAUGCUGGUCGGACUAUCCGGGUAUCUUGCUGGAUACAACGGCUCCUUCGAGUUUAAGUCCGGAGAACAAUACCCUCAGGAUGUCAAUUACACCUUCAUGCGUGUAUUCAAUGCUGCCUUUGGUGCAGCUUGCGUCCCUUUGGCAUAUUUUACCGCUCGCGAGCUCGGUUUUCGCCGAGCCACUGUGUGGCUUAUCAGCUUGAUGGUACUAUUUGAGAACUCGUAUGCGACAAUCUCGAGGUUCAUUCUACUUGAUUCUAUGCUACUAUGUUUCACUUUCACAACCACUCUAUGCUGGGCGAAGUUCCAUCGAUUGCAGACGAAUAGUUUCUCCCUCGAAUGGUUCACAUGGCUUUUUCUCACCGGCGUCAGCAUUGGCUGUGUCUGCAGCGUCAAAUGGGUUGGAUUUUUUUGCACAGCGAUCGUCGGAUUGUACACAGUUGAAGACCUAUGGAACAAAUUCGGCGACGUGAAGAUGCGAAGGGCUGUGUUAGCGAACCACUUGUUGGCUCGCAUUGCAGGCUUGAUACUUCUGCCAUGUAUCGUCUACAUCCUCUCGUUCUACGCCCAUUUCUGGAUAUUGGAAAAUAGUGGCCCUGGUGACGCGCAAAUGAGUUCACUCUUCCAGGCCAAUCUUAAAGGGACUGAAGUUGGGCAGGACAGUCCUCUUGAGGUUGCUUUUGGCUCGAGGGUUACCCUGAAAAACAUGGGCUACGGUGGUGGCCUGUUACAUUCGCAUGUUCAAACUUAUCCUGAAGGAUCUGCUCAACAGCAAGUCACAUGUUACCACCAUAAAGACGCGAACAAUGACUGGUUCAUCUACCCCAAUCGACAGGAUAUGGAGUAUGAUGCCAAUGGCCCACUGAGGUUUAUCGGCGACGGCGAUGUGGUACGCUUAAUUCAUGGGCAAACAGGCCGAAAUCUACACUCGCAUGCGAUCCCGGCGCCAGUAACCAAAGGCCACUACGAAGUAUCCUGCUAUGGCAACAUUACGAUUGGAGACGACAAAGAUCAUUGGGCAAUUGAAGUUGUUGACGAUGUCGCUUCCAAGGACAGGAGUAGAGUCCGAACUCUUACCACGGCAUUUCGCCUGAAGCACCCUGUCCUAGGUUGCUACCUGAGGGCUGGAAAUGUGAAUCUCCCACAGUGGGGUUUCAAGCAGAUCGAAACUACCUGUGUCAAGGAAAAUAAGCCCAACGAUGUGUAUACGCACUGGAAUGUCGAGUCCCAUUACAACGAGAGACUUCCACCGGGAGAUCCUGGUUCUUACAAGUCGCCAUUUUGGAAAGACUUCAUUCAUUUGAAUGUCGCCAUGAUGACAUCCAACAACGCCCUGGUCCCUGAUCCAGACAAGCAGGACGAUCUCGCCUCAAAGUUCUGGCAGUGGCCAAUCUUGAACGUUGGUCUCCGCAUGUGUUCCUGGGAUGAUACCACUGUCAAGUACUAUCUUCUAGGAAACCCUUUCGUAUACUGGGGCAGUAGCGCCAGUCUAGCUGCCUUCGGACUUUUAGUUCUCUGGUACCUUGUGCGCUGGCAGCGAGGCUAUAAUGAGCUCACACAAGCUGAAAUCGACCAUAUACAUUACUCAGGAUUAUACCCGGUUGUGGGGUGGAUCCUGCAUUACUUACCUUUCGUGGUUAUGGCACGGGUGACCUAUGUCCAUCAUUACUAUCCGGCUUUGUAUUACGCCAUACUUACAUUUGGGUUCUGUGUCGAUUGGUUCACUCGGUCGGCCAGUGAUAAGUUGCGCGUGGUAUUAUACACAGUGCUGUAUAUUGUGAUAUUCGGGUUGUUCUUAUACUUCCGUGUUGUGGUAUUUGGUAUUGAGGGCCCAAGCCAGAAUUGGAAGCAUCUAAACUGGCUGAGUGGGUGGAAAAUUGGUAAUUGA